CACCCACAGCAUCAUUUUAAUUCAUUCAUUUUUCUCAAAUUUCUAUUUCAUUUCAUUGGAUCUUCAAGUACUAAUUCAUAUAUAUAUAUAUAUAAAGAGAGAAAUAGAGAGGGUAUGGGUGCUUGCUUGUCUUCCUCCACUACCAUCGUUGAUCAGAAGCAGCUGACCAGCUACGUCAUCUCAAUCAGUGGAGAGCUCCGUCAAUAUAGCGUUCCCAUUAACGUUUUUCAAGUACUUCAAUCUGAGAUGCCUUGUGAUGCUUCCUUCAUCUGCAGUUCUGAUCGUCUUUACUUUGACGAUUUCAUACCUUCACUGGAUUCCGAAUACCAGCUUCUUCCCGGUCAGAUCUACUUCAUGCUCCCUGCCUCCAAGCUGAACUAUCGACUCAGUGCCUCUGACAUGGCAACUCUUGCCGUCAAGGCUAGCGCUGCUCUUGAGGACCUUAAUAAAAACAAAAACAAAAACCGCAAUUCUAGGAAGAUGAGUAAAAAGAGCAAUUCUCGAAUUUCACCCAUGCUUUUUCAAGUAGAAGCAGAUGAAUCACGAGAAUGUUAUACUCAAAGUCGUCAUAAGUCAACGAUGGGGCUUGGAGUUUCCAUGAGAUCUGCAUCUGUCAGAAAAUUGCAGCGAUUAUCUUCACGGCGGGCAAAGAUGGCUGUGCGAUCCUUCCGGAAGCUUAUGACCAUUCAAGAAGGAUCCAUUCUAUCUUAAUGGACUACUAUUUACUUCAUUUUAUAUAAUUCUUUUUUUUCUGCCAGAUGAGUAACAUUAUAUUCGAGUUAGAGUUGUCACUUGUUAUUCUCUCGCUCUACAUGUAGUAAAUACAAAACAAAAUAUAUAUGUGGGAGUUGCAGAGCAUAAGAUCAAAUUGCCUUGUAUGUAAAUGGUUGAACAACAACUAUGUAUUAUAAUUAUUACAGUUUUGUCAAAAUAAAAAUAAAAAUA